AUGGAACUCCAAACAGUAGUUAGUUUUGAUAAGUAGAAGUUGUUUAUAGAUUAUAUUAAUUGAACUAAACCAAUUCCUUCUGUUUUCCCUCAGGCGUUAAGGGGGACAGCCUCACCAUAUUGCAGGCCCCUGGGUACGUGUCCUUCCAGAAGGGAGACUGGCCGAUCUCUGGGGAGAAGAUUCCAGAUAUGGUGGCUCUGACUAUGGGCUUCUCUAUCCAGGAGGUAGACACACACACACACACACACACACACACACACACACACACUUUAGAGGUAAUCACGGGUCCAAAAAUGUGAACCUGGACCCGAGGACAAUCAGACCUGACCCGAAUGGACCGGAGGACAACUCGACCUAGACCUGACCCAUAUCCUAACGGUAUCGACCAGACCCAAUUGGACCACAGAAUUAUGUUUAUCAGCCAAGUUGCUCUUCUGGUUAACAAAUAGGUAUUUUUAUUAUAUUGGCUAGGCCUUCUAUAAAUCAAUAAAUGUACCUUAUUAGUGUAAAAUAAAUAUGCUAUAGGCUAUUCAGAGCUGGGGUCAGGUCCACUCAGGUCUAUCAGUUGUAGCUGGUAGACUGGACCCGUGAAAACCCACACAUGCGCGUAUCCUAUGUUUGAACAGGUGCACAAGCCUCUGGUGUUGUACAUGAUACUCUAACAUCUGUGUUUGUAGGAUCUCUCCUGGCCAGGCCUCCGGGCAGGUCAGUUGUUCCAGCGUCCAAGGGCCAAUGUGCUGGUGGUGGUGAGGGGGGUGGACAGCCUGGCCCUUCCCCAGAAUGUGGCCUCCUACCCCUUGGAGAACGUGAGUGAGGCCAGGGUCCCCAUCAGGGGUGAUGGUUGAGGAGCAGCAACGUUUUAAUUUUAAUGAGAUUUUUCACCAAGGCUCUGUUAUUAAUAACUCCUCCCUUGUUCCCUCUCUCCUCCAGCCGGUACCCUUCACCCUGGACAGUGUGGCUGAGACAGUUCAUUCUCUCUUUGCUGAGGACACUCCUGUGGUGCUGCAGCUGGCCCCUAGUGAGGAGGUACUGUAUGGACCAGCACAUUAUUGGACCAGCGCCUACGUAUGUGUGUGUUAAGGUGUUUCUUUAUACGGCGGUUUUGUAUGUGCAGGGGGAUGGUAAUGUUAUCCUGUCUCUGUUUGUGUCUACAGAGGCUGUACAUGCUGGGGAAGGCCAACGCGGUGUUUGAGGACCUGCCUGUGACCCUGCAGCAGAUCCGUUCUCGUCUCUCCCAGGAUGGCUCCGUGCUGGCCUCCCUGCCACUCAACUCCCUCAACCGCAACGCUGAGGUAACAUGCAUAACUAGUGCUGGUUCUGUCUGCGUUCCUCAGUUAAAGUGAAUAUGGGUUAGGGUUGGUUGAACUCUGACCUUCAUCCUCUCUCCUUAUAGGCUGAUCUGCUCUUCCUGUCUGAGGUCCAGGUUCUGCAUGACAUCACUGCCCUGGUAAGACUGAAUAUGUUGUUUGUUGGGCACAGGGGAAUUGGAUCAUUAACGCUGGUUGUCUGUUGUGGCUAACCCCCUCACCCUCAUGUAGCUGCAGAGACACCGGCACCUGGCCAAGGACCACUCCCCUGACCUGUACUCGCUGGAGCUGUCUGGCCUGGAGGAGUUGGGCCGUCGCUACGGACAGGACUCCCCUCAGUAUCAAGACGCCACCGCCAUCCUGGCCAACGUCCUACAGAAGGUAAGCAGUGUCUCCCCUAGGAUUUUUUUCAGCAGAGUUAGCGGAGGCGGGUCUUCCUGGGGCAUCUAUAUUAUACUUUAUUUUUAUUUUUUGUGGGUUUUUAAUUGAUAUCCGUGACCACCUGUUGUUUUUGUCAUCUCGCUCUCUCUCUCCAUCUUUCUCUAUCUCUCGCUCUCUCUCUCCAUCUUUCUCGAUCUCUCUCGCUCGCUCUCUCUCCAUCUUUCUCUCUCUCUCGCUCGCUCUCUCUCUCCAUCUUUCUCUAUCUCUCUCGCUCGCUCUCUCCAUCUUUCUCUAUCUCUCUCGCUCGCUCUCUCUCUCCAUCUUUCUCUAUCUCUCUCGCUCGCUCUCUCUUGCGCUCUCUCCUGUGCUGUAGUUUGGUGAGGACAUGUUUGGUCUCUAUGGUGACAGUGCGGUGGUCGAGGUUGUCACGGUGAAGAGCUUUGAGGCACCAUUGACCAGGAAGUCCCGCUCCAUCCUGGAGUCCAAACAGAUUGUAAGUUUGUUUAUAUUAGUUUUAUCUUCCCAGAUCUUCUGUUUUUAUGUUUAUGUACAUAUCUAUAUAUCAGUGAAGGCUGGUGGGAGGAGCUAUAUGAGGACAGGCUCAUUUUAAUGACUGGAAUGCAAUAAAUGGAACUGAGUCAAACGUGGUUCCUAUAUGUUUGAUAACGUUCCAUUCCAGCCAUUGCAAUGAGCCUGUCCUCCUAUAGCUCCUCCCACCAGCCUCCUCUGCUAUAUAUAUUUAUGCAUCAAACUGUGAGCAUUUUUAGAUGUGACUGGAAUUCUAUACUUAAUUUGCAACUACUGAAAUCCUCUCACUCUAUUUCCUCCUUUCCCUUCUCAUCCCACAGAGUAACCCUGGCAGUCCCUAUAACCUGGCCUAUAAGUAUAACUUUAAUUAUGCAGUGAUCUUCAACAUCGUGCUGUGGCUGAUGAUCAUCCUUGCCCUGGCUGUCAUCGUCAUCUCAUACAAUCUGUGGAACAUGGACCCAGGAUAUGACAGCAUCAUCUACAGGAUGACCAAUCAGAAGAUCAGGUUGGACUGAGGUCCGCCCAGCAACACUCCAGCCCUCCAAUUAGCCCUCUCCUAGUGGAAGUUUAUUGUUUUUGUGGGUUUUUCUUGUUUUGUGUGAAAAAUAAAGAUGUGGAGCUGAAUGGAGUCUUAGCCCCUACUCUCUAGGUACUUGUUUAGAUCUGAGAGAGUUGGAUAGGUAUAAGCAAUAUGGUGAAAAUAAUUCCACCCAGCUUGGUAUAUAAGCCAUGGUCGAACUAAUUAUAAACCAAAAAGCGUAUACCUAUCCAAAGCAGUUGUUCAGGUGGAGGUAAAAGUAUUAUCCAAUAUGUAUGACAUGUAGGUGAGUUGCAGUUCAUUGUAAUGGCACUGGUUAGCUCCUUUUGAGAAAGUGCGCAAAGGUUGACUAUACAGUAGCUUUGUAGUUGAAUGCUGAAUUGUAACACUGUAGAGCUGUUUCUGAGGCCUAGUCCUGUACCUUCUACCCCACGCUUCACAUUCCUUAUGAGUGUCUCCACAGUAGUUGUCCUACUACCAUGGUGAUUACAAAUGUCCUUUUAUUUUUAUUGUAAAAAUAAAAUAUUAUUGUAAUGCUCUGAAAGACAGAAUUAAAUGGUGUGUGAUGUAAAUUAUUGUAUUUUUGCGAUAUUAAAUUUAAGUUAAAGUGAAAUGUGUAUAUAUUGAAGUUAGAAAUGCAAAUAUCUUGAAUAAACUGCUGUAUUGGUAUUGUGAGAUGGUCUGUCAUAUUCACUGGCAUGUUGCAUGAGUUUUUCAGUUGUGUGACAUUGACAUGAAACAGGAAAAUAUUAUGUAAAAUAUGGGCAAUAAAUGAAUUCCAAUCUUA